CAAUGCUUGUUUUGUUUGUUGACAAUCGAAUCGAGUUAAAACGUAACCUAAAAAAUCUUAUUUAAUGUUGUAGUGACUUUUUUCUAAUAAAAAUGGGCGAUGAAACGGUAGAAAAAGUAGACAAUAAUACGCCACAUAAAAAACAAAGGAAGAAGCGUAAAAACUUUUUAAAAAAUGCCAAGAAAUAUGCGAAGAAAGGUCAAAUGGGACGCGGCACACAAAUACCACAGGAUCUGUUUGAUUAUUUUGUGAAAAUUUUGGAAACUAUUAAGCAAGGAGUAAACGACCCCGAUGAGCGGCAUGCACUAGUCAACAAUGUCCUAGAGAGAACCAAGGGGGAGGAGCUAAAUAUAGUUGGUAACCAGUUAGGUUGCCGUCUCAUUGAGCUGUUACUGCCUUACGCAUCACCUGAAGACUUGGAGCGCUACAUAGAAGCACUGUCUCCGGAACUCAGAAGGCUGUGCUCAGAUAACUUCUCCAGUCACAUUAUAGAGACAUUGUUACGAGUGUCCUGUGAGAGGGCCACUGACCAUUUGCAAAUACUAGAUCAAAUUGAGGAUGAAGAAGGUCCAAAGAAAAAACGUAAAAAACGCAAGUCUGAGUACACAGAUGAACACAUACAGUAUUGUCAUGAGUUUACACUAAAAAUAUGCAAAUAUGUGUUGAAUAAUUUGGAGGAUUUUGUAUGGGACCAAUAUGCAAAUCACAUUUUGCGAAGUGCUCUGAAAUGUCUGAGUGGCAUAACUUUAUUGCCGGGGGAGAAAGCUAAGGUGAACAUGUUUGUGCAGACUGCGGGCAGUUCAAGCAUACCCCCACAUGCCACUGAAAUGAAAUAUAAAGUAGUGCCGGAUGAGUAUCAGGAGAUUGUAAAGGAUUUUGCUAACAGACUUUCAGCAUGGCCUCAGUUCAAAGACUUGCCAUACAAGAACAUAACAUCAGCUCUGCUCCAGGUGCUACUCUAUGCAAUCAAGAAUGUAGAUAAGAACAUAACAAAGAGUUUGAUUAAGAAGCUCUUAAAUGAGAGUUUUGCUCCCGAAGAUUGGGCUUCCAAUGAGAAUGAUGAGAAAAAAGACAAAAUUGAUGUAGAUGCAAUAGAAUCAAGUGAAAAGACCUCAGUAGAGAGAAGUUUACCUCCUGUUUUCAGUAAUGAAUCUGCUGUCAGGUUGUUAGAAGCAGCACUGUUUGUGUCGAAGAAGAAGAGCUACACGCAGCUGUACGCGCGCUGCUUCAUCAACCGGCUGGGCCAGCUCGCCACCAUGCCCAUGCUCAACUACACCGUGCAGCGGCUCAUUGACAACUGUCAGAUUAAGGAGGAGUUUGAGCCGAUGUUCGAGGAGUUGUCGAGCUCGUGCGCGGCGCUGCUGGCGUGCGGCAACACGGGCGUGCUGGUGGCGCUCGCCAAGGCGUGUCUGCGGAUCAAGACCAAGCAGAUGCAGUUCUUGCAGAUGUUGGAGAAGACGCUGUGCUGCGAGGCGGAGCAGCAGCAGCUGGCGGUGCGCUGCCUGCAGCUGCUGCCGCGGCGCGCCGACGCGCACUACUUCAUACACAUACACGGCUCCGUCAUACUGCAGACUGUGCUGGACUACCAGCGUCCAGCGAAAGCGGUGUCGUCUCUGCUGGAGCUGUCUUCCGAGGAGUUGCUGUACAUCUUCUGCGACGCGAAGGGUUGCCACGUGGCGGACGCCUUCUGCCGCGGACAGUUCGUGGGCGUGAAGGCGAGGGACAAGCUUAUAUGGAAGCUGAAGGGUUUCUACCAAAAGAUGGCGCUGUCCCAAUACGGUUCCCGCGCUUUCGAGAAAGUGUUCGAGGUGGCGUCACUUGAGCAGAAAGUGAAGAUAAUGACGGAGCUGUCAGACAAGAGCAACUUGCUCAACAGCACCAACUGCGGGCGGCUCAUCGCCGCCAAGCUGGACGUGGCCACCUUCAAGACCUCGCAGAAACAGUGGGAGAAGAGUAGGAGCAACGUUGAGAAAGAAUAAACUUUAUAUUGUA